AGUUUGCCUGCUGCCCCUUACAUAAGCAGUUAAUCUGUGUGCCUUUAAAAGAGCUUCACGUCACGCCACUGCAGACAGCAGCAGCGGCAGCAGAGAUCCUCUAUCGAGAUCCGUUCACCAGGAUGAAGAAGAAGUUGAUCAUUGAUGCAGACACAGGGGUGGAUGAUGCUCAGGCCAUCAUGGUGGCCCUUGCAGCUCCAGAUGUGGAGAUUUUGGGGAUCACCUGCUGUUUUGGCAACACACCCCUGGAAAACGUCCUCAAGAACACGCUGCGUGUCCUGAAAGUCUGCAACAGGCUGGAUAUUCCGGUGUAUCGUGGCUGCUCAGAGCCACUGCUGACCCGUAAACGCCACGCUGGAGAUUAUCACGGGAAGGAUGGGCUGGGCGACGUACCAGAUCCAGAUGCUCCAGGCCUGGAGCUGCUGCAGAAGAAAAGAGGCGUUCCAGCCAUGAUCAAGCUUGUCAACCAGAACCCCGGAGAGGUGAGUCUGGUAGCCACAGCCCCCCUCACUAACCUGGCUGUCGCAGUACAACUGGACCCCUCCUUCCCUAAGAAGCUGAAGGCCCUUUACAUCAUGGGAGGAAACACUGAUUCCAGGGGUAACACCACAGUGUGUGGGGAGUUUAACUUUGUGGCUGACCCUGAGGCUGCCUACGUCGUGUUGGACCGCUACACCUGCCCCACCUACAUCGCCUCCUGGGAGUUCAGCUGCAGGAACAGCCUGCCGUGGUCUUUCUGUGAGAACUGGCUGUCCCAAAAUACUGAGAAGGCUGCCUUCAUGAAAAACAUUACAAGCCUCUCUAUUAAGAAAGCUCAGUCAGCGGAAUAUCAAAAGGAGAUCAUAGCUGGGAAAGGCUUCAAUUCCUGCGACACCUACGCCAUGGCUGCCGCCAUCGAUGACACGUUCAUAACAGAGAGUGACGAGGUUGCAGUCACGGUGGAGUUAGAGGGGACCUACACCCGAGGCAUGAUGGUCCUGGACUACAUGGAGCUGCUGAAGAAGAAACACAAGGCUUUCCUCAUGAAGAAAGUUGACUUGGAGAAGUUCAAGCAAAUGUUCAUGAAUUCGCUCAAGUAGAGUGGAAACUGCAAGCAAGCUGAAGGCGCGAGAUUGCAUCACCAAAAUAAACAAGAAAGCAAAUUCUUUUUCAAAAAUCAUGACUCAAACUUUGGUAACGGCCUUGUCAUUGGAUAUGUUUUUAAGUGAAGACAACACCUCAGAUGAGAGGUUCUUUAGAGAUGUGCAAAAAGUGUGCAAGGGCAACACAGCAUCAGUGAAACAUUCACUGAGAACUUAUUUUAUAUGUUUUCUGAAACAUUAAACUGAAAUAAUAAUGCCUUCCUAA